CGGCUGAUCUCCAUGCUGUCGAAUCGUGGGGAUGCUUAACAAGGCCAUGAGUGCUGGUAGGAACAGUUACAGUCCAUAUUCUACUGGACUGCGGAGGAAAGUCAUGAAAGCCAGGGGAAAUGUUCUGGAUGCGGUCUCCUGCAGAGCCAGUGUGUGGCUUAAGGAACUGCCCCGGCGAGAGGGCCUGGAGCUGUCCACCUCCAGCCUCGUGGAUUUGUCGUCAAUCCCGACCGCUACGCUCAAGCGCCCCACCAGCCUGAGCCGCCAUGCCAGUGCUGCGGGAUUCCCGCUCUCCCCUGCCAUCCCCAGGGGGCUCUCCAAAGGGCACAAGCCUCAGGCCGCUUACAGCCCCAGCGAGAACAGCGAAGGCAGCCUGAUGGAGCCAGACGACAUUUCGCAGCUCCUAGCUGAAGUGGGUUACUUUGCGGAGCGUUUGGAGAAGCUGAAGGACGUGGUGCUCCAGGAGGAUGGGGUGGAGUCCCGGCGGCCUCUCGCCCACGAGUGUCUGGGGGAAACCUUACGGAUUCUCCGACAGGUCAUCAGCAAAUAUCCCCUGCUCAACACCGUGGAGACCUUGACAGCAGCGGGGACCCUCAUAUCCAGGGUCAAAGGGUUCCAUUAUGAAGCCAAUAACGAAGCAGACAAACGAGAAUUUGAAAAGGCCGUGGAGAUGAUUGCGGUUUCCUUCAGUAGCACAGUCUCUGAAUUCCUCCUGGGGGAAGUGGACAGCAGCACUCUCCUCUCCAUCCCACCCAGUGAUCAGAACCAGUCUAUGGAAAAUCUAUAUGGAGGGAUUACUGGUCAGGGUCUAGAAGAGGUGCCGGACAGCAUGAAAGACUUCAGUUCAAUCCGUCUGUCGGCGGAAGAGGUGGACGUCCUGCUCCAGAAGUGUGAGGGAGGGGUGGAGGUGGCCCUCACGUACGCCAAGAACAUCUCUAAGUAUAUGAAAGACCUCAUCUACUACCUGGAGAAGAGGACAACUCUGGAAGUGGAAUUUGCCAAAGGGCUUCAGAAGAUGGUGAAUACCUGCAAGCAAACCAUCACCCAGGAGCCCUUCAUGCCGUUUCUCUCUAUCUAUUCUCUGGCCCUGGAGCAAGACAUGGAGUAUGGCGUCGCCGCCCUGCAAGCUGCCAUAACUUUGCGCACGGAAACAUUCCUGCAGCCGUUGUCCAUGAGGCGCCUUGAACAUGAAAAGCGGCGGAAAGAGAUCAAGGAACUGUGGCACCGGGCCCAAAGGAAGCUGCAAGAGGCCGAGAGCAACCUGCGGAAGGCCAAGCAAUUGUACAUCCAGCGCUCGGAGGAGUGUGAGAAGGCCAAGCACGUGAUGGCCAAAGCGGAAGAGGAGCAGCUGGGGACCAGUAGCAGCGGCACCUUCACCAAGUCCUUGGACAAGAAACGGCGACUCGAGGAGGAGGCCCGGAACAAGGCUGAAGAGGCCAUGGCAACGUAUCGGACCUGCAUCGCGGAUGCUAAUACGCAGAAGCAGGAGUUGGAGGACACCAAAGUGACCGCACUUCGACAGAUCCACGAGGUGGUCAAGCAGACCGACCAGGUCAUCAAAUCGGCCACCAUUUCCUUCUACCAAAUCAUGCACAUGCAAACUGCACCCCUGCCCGUCAACUUCCAGACCUUAUGCGAGAGCAGCAAACUCUACGAUCCGGGGCAGCAGUAUGCCUCCCACAUCAAGGGGUUGCAGAGAGGAGACGAGCCGGAGACACAGUAUGACUUUGAAGCCUAUGUGUCACAGAAAUGGUCUCCGUUGCCUCGGGGGAGAAAAGGCAGCUACAGUACCAGUGAAUUUGCUGCAGCCAGCAGCGCCGAUGCAACCGGAAAAGAGGCCGUCGCCUCCGAGAGCGAUGGGGCUGCUGUGCCCGGGAUGCAGACCCACCCGGAUCGGCGAGGUGGGCGGGGUCACCAGGUGCACAAAUCCUGGCCAACGGCCAUCACAGAGACCAAGGACAGCCUGGAGUCAUGUGCCACGAGCUCAGGUGAGUUUCCCCAGAAGUUCCAGCAGAUGCCUUCCAAUGGAGCCUUGUCCCCCAGCCAAGAAUCAGAUGGAACCUCACCUUCAUUUGAUCAGAGUAUCAACGACAUGAGCCCUGGAAUCUCAGCCCCUACCGGCCCUUUCCGGCACAUCGGCUUAUCCAAGGCGGCCCAGACCCACAGGCUAAGGAAGCUGAGAACCCCUUCCAAAUGCCGUGAAUGCAACAGCUACGUCUAUUUCCAGGGAGCUGAAUGCGAAGAGUGCUAUUUAGCCUGCCACAAAAAAUGCCUAGAGACGCUGGCCAUUCAGUGCGGGCACAAGAAACUCCAGGGGAAGUUGCAGCUCUUCGGGCGGGACUUCGCCCAGGCAGCCCACACCAGCUCCGACGGCGUCCCCUUCGUGGUCAAGAAAUGCAUCUGCGAGAUUGAAAGGCGGGCGAUGAAAACCAAGGGCAUCUAUCGUGUUAACGGGGUGAAAACCCGUGUGGAGAAGCUCUGCCAAGCCUUUGAGAACGGGAAAGAGCUGGUCGAGUUGUCCCAAGCCUCCCCGCAUGACAUCAGCAACGUCCUGAAGCUCUACCUGCGGCAGCUCCCAGAACCCAUCAUGCCUUUCCGUAUGUACAACAGCCUCAUGGGCUUGGCCAAGGAGAGCCUGCAGGGCGGGCCGGAGGGCAAGGCUGGGAAAAGCGUGGCCCAGAUGGUGGACAAAGGAGCCGAGACAGAGAAAGUGGUGGCGACGCUGGUGACUAAACUGAGAGAGCUGUUGAAGGAGCUUCCGCCGGAGAAUUUGGCCACACUGAAAUACAUCAUGCAGCAUCUGAGGAGCAUUGUAGAGGUUGAACAAGAGAAUAAGAUGACCUCUAGCAACCUGGGUAUCGUCUUCGGCCCCACGUUAAUGCGCCCACGGCCCACGGAGGCCACCAUCUCCCUCUCCUCGCUGGUGGAUUAUCCCCAUCAGGCUCGCGUUGUGGAAGCCCUCAUCAUCUUCUACGCUGCCAUCUUUGAAACCAGUGGCAUGGAUGGCUCAGGAGGAGUGACGGAGGAGGAGGCGGAGGAGGCGGUGCUGGACAGGAAUCAGGAUGAUGGAUUCUCAGAACCCCGUGACAGAGCCCCAUAUCAUCUGGUGGAUGUGGAGCAGCCAGAGGCUGCUCUUCAGGAUGACACGUACAGAGACUCCGGCGCUCGCUAUAUCGAUUCUGAUUCUGACCCAGAAGAGAGCCCAGGGCUGUGUAUCGAAGGAGCCCCGCAGGCCAGCUUAGACCGGCGAGGCAGUGAGACCAGCGGUGACGAGGGGAUCCCGUCCGCGGACGAAGCCAGCGAAGAAGGAACCCUGAGCCGGACGUGCAGCGCUGGCCAGUCAGACUCAGAGGAAGCCUCACCGCUACAGCAGGGCGCAACCCAGGCGGAAGGCUGCUACGAUGCAGAGCGGGAUGCUGUUUUCAGGGAAGAGUGCGACGGGGCGGAAGGCGCAGGGCAGGCGGAAAGGCCCCUGGCAGGCUACAACGCCAACCAGUCCAAUAACUCGCUCUUCUUGUCCCUGCCACUGGGCAGCAAAAUGCUUGAGUAAUAAGUUUUCUUGGCCUUUAAAAUGAGAUCGGGCAGUAAACUGAGGCAGCUGGAAUAUGUAACCAGUGCCAGUGAAGAGAUGGCACUCAAAAGAGCCAUGCCGUCCAACGCCUCUCCCUCCCGGCUUUUUGCCUGUCUUUAAUUCUCUGCAAGACCGAAACGACCUGGAGAAACGCCAGAAUGUGCGAUUUCAUUGCUAUUAAUCUCCUUGCUCAGGGCCAUUUGGGAAGGCCUCUUCACGGCAUCCAAGAGGUUUUAAAAGAACAGCCAUGGAUGCAAACAGAUCAAGCAUGGAGAGAUGGUGUCCAACCCAAGUUUUGAUUGCUCUGGUUCUGGCAUCUUUCCCAAAAUUAUAUAGAAAAGUAAUCCUUUUAAUUGUUUUUUAAUCUAUUUUUUUACAUGAAGAAAGCCGAAAUCGUUCCC